CUCCUCUUGCCUCCACCACCGUACUCAUACACUGUGACCUGCUGCUGUUGCUGCUGACAUCAGUAUAUCGCGAAAGAAAGAGGAAAAAUGUUAUUAAACCUUCGAUAUAAAUCCUAAAGUGCAUUGACACUAAUUACCAAAUACAUCGAUACCCAAAUAUUACAUUGGAACGUCCUACCAACCUGGAUUAUUGAAAAAUUCCAAAUCAGAUCCAGUCAUCAUAAAAAUGAGUUGGGCAUCGGAGAUUUAUCUACAUGCCCAAGCUCGUUUGGAUAAUAGAUGGCUUACUAUUAACCUGCAGGAUGUUUUUGUUCGUGAAGGUCUAAGCCGGUUAUGGAAUGACUUGGUUUGUAAUGGAGAGUUGAUUAGUGGUGCAGCUAAAGAUGUCAUCAACGCAGCUGGCGUCUUAGCUAAAAAAGGUGAAUCUGGUUUGUAUUUCUGUGGAAGUGCUACAUCUGGUUGUACUGAAGAUACAUGUCAACCAGAUUAUGGAUGUAAUUGUGCACCUUGUCAAUAUCUUGACCACGCUGACCAGGAAGAGAAGGAAAAAGAAUUCAAAAGAACCAAAAUUGCGACUUCUAUGAUUGAUUCUUGGACUUGGGAUUCACAACCAGAUAUAAACCAAUUAAAAGACUGCUUAGAAGCUCUGCUUUAUGAACACCACCAAUUUUCAGUGGGAGCAACAUCAACAACCCUGUCUAGUGUUAAAUUGUUACAGAGACUUGUAAUACUCGAAAGAUAUCUAAUUGCACUUUCCAGACAUUCACAAAAUGAAGGGAAAGCACCUCUAAGAAAGAAGCAAGCAGACCAAACAAAUCUAAAUAAACAGAAAGGAUCUGCUAAACCAACAGAAAAAGCAACACAUGGACUCGCACGUGUGGGAUCAAGAGCUGCCCUUAGUUUUGCUUUUGCAUUCUUGUAUCGAGCAUGGCGUAGUGGUGAAGAUUCUGAUCUUUGUAGUGAAUUGCUACAAGAAUCUCUAGAUGCACUUAGAUCACUACCUGAAGCCACUCUUUUUGACGAGAGUUCUGUUUCUCCAGUUUGGCUUGAAGUUGUUGAAAGAGCAUCUAAAUUUUUACAUUCCGUUGUGGCAGGUGAAUUGACUGGAGGUGGUGGCAUGACUUCAACAGCUUCAUCGUCUGUGACAUCUUCUCGUUACACAAACCAUGUCCCACUUCCAGAUCAACAGCGAGCUCUUGCUCUUCUACUUGAAUUAGCAGUACAGAGAGGCUCUUUGAGUCAUAUUCUUGGAGGUGUGCUUCUGUUGUUGAAUCUUUGGGAAAACAGCUGGCAUGAAAGAGACAACAGAGUUAAUAGUAAUUUGACUUCUGCUCCAUUGGUGCCACUACUAAAGCGAUUCUUUGGAAUACAGUCAAACAAAGCAAAGAACUAUGAAAUGACAAAAUGGGACGAACAAGCUGAUGUGUACUUUGUGAGUCCAACUGAAUGCUUUCUGAGAUACAUCACAGAUCUUGGAGAUGAAAAUGCCCCUGUUGACUUGCAGCAAUGUGCAGUUGUGAUUAUGUCCCACCUAGAUCGAUUGACAGCACCUUACUUACCCCCAGCUUCCUCAAAUAAGAACAUAGAAUUUGAAGACAUUUUGGGCUGGGCACCAACAAUACCACAGAUAAACAGUCAGUUACAUUCUAAUAACGACGGAGAUUGCAUUAAGCAGAUACAAUGUUCAUCAAGAAUGUUUUUAGCUUUAACAAAGUCUGGCAAAGUUUAUAGCUUCAGUUAUUCAUCUGAAAUACAGACCCCAAAGCUUAUAGAAGGCUUUGGUCAAAGAGAAGUCAUAAAGAUUGCUUCCUGUCCUGAAGGAAGCCACUACAUGGCACUAACAUGUGAUGGAAAAGUGUUUUCUUGGGGUUUUGGUGAAGGAGGUCGCCUUGGACAUGGAGACAACAUAUCCUAUGAAGAACCUAACUUGAUUUCGGCAUUAGUUGGCCAUCAUGUGACUCAUAUAUCCUGUGGCAGCUCAACCAGUGCAGCAGUUACUUCACAUGGAGAACUGUACACAUGGGGAAAAGGAAGCUAUGGUCAUUUGGGACAUGGAAGUUGUGAUGAUAUGUCUCUGCCAACUCUUGUUUUGUCUCUCAAGAGUUAUCGCAUUGUGGAUGUUGCCUGCAGCUUUGGAGAAGGACAAGCAAUUGCUCUUUCUGAUACAGGAAUUGUUUUUACGUGGGGUGACAAAGACUCUGACAAAAGUGGAAGAAGCAGUAAUGAAUCUCGCAUACCAAAACCAGUAGAACCUCUAACAGAAAAUAUUGUUCGAGUCUUUUGUGGCUCACAAUUUUGCCUUGCUUUGUCAAGGCUUGGUGUAGUUUACUCUUGGGGGAAAGGUAAUUUCUACAAACUUGGUCAUGGUUCAGAGGAGAAUGUUCGUUACCCUAAACCAAUUGAAGGCCUGACUGGCAACGUUGUGAUAGAUAUUGCUGUUAGUUCAGUGCGUUGUUUAGCCUUAACAGAUGAAUCCAAAGUCUAUGGUUGGGGAAGAAGUGAAUGUUUGCAGGCCGGAGAAUCUUUCAUCACUCUCACUGAACCUACAAUUAUUCAAGCUUUUGAAGGAAAGAAAAUCGUUAGCAUUGCUUGCAAUCAAACUCAAAGUUUUGCCUGUUCGGCAACACCUCAAUGGGUUGUUGGCAUGAAGAUGCCAUUUGUGGUAGAUGUCUGUAAAUCGACUUUUGAACAAAUUGAUGAACUUUUAUCACAAGUUUGUGAGGACAUGGAUGGGCGCAAUGAUUGGCCACCACCCCAAGAGAAGGAAUGCAUUGCAGUCUCUGCAUUGAAUUUGCUGAAUUUGCAGUUGCAUACUGCUAUAUGUCAGAAUGAGAAUACAGAAUGUCUUGGUUUACAACCUGGCAGCCCUGUUGUGAACAGUCUAAAACAGCGGGUCGUUGUUUUGGCUAGCACAUCUGGAAUAAUCAACAGUAUACAGAUGGCAGCACAAGCUGCACUGCAGAUAGGAUGGUCCAUUUUGUUACCUACAGCUGACGAAAGAGCACGAGCUCUUUCCAAUCUACUCUCAACCAAAAGCCGUGAUGCAACAACCCAGAAUGAAGGCCAGCGAUUCAUGACUGACCUUCUUGUAAAUAGUCUAAUGGCUGAUGGUGGAUUGGAAAUUGCCCUUCAAGCAGCAGUGAAAAAGGAGGCUCAAGAAAUUGAGAAAAAGGAAAAGAUUUCUGAAGAAGAUCUGGAGAGGGAGGUAGAAGCAAAGAAAGUUGGAGAGGCAACAAAUGCCUUAAAGACAGAACGUGCUGUUUUGGAAGCACAAGCUCAGCAGUGGCAAGAUGAAGGCGCUACAGGAAUCCCCUUAUUGCAGCUUAUCCAACAGUUGCUCAAAAAUUUCACUUCUCAAACUCAUUCAAUGCUCCAACGCAUAGCAGAAGAAACUAUUUCCAAAUAUGACUAUGUUGAAGUGCCUGACAACUCCACUCCAUUGAAGUUGUUACUUCAGUUCCAAAGACUUCUAGUCAGCAAAUUGUUCCCUUUUGAAGAAAAAUAUGGUAAAGCAACUUCUCCAGAAAUAGAAGCUGACAUGUUAAGUGCGGGUUCAGUUCUCCGAAAAUACAUGAACCAGCUUUGUUGCCAUGUUGCUGAUGUCUUACCUGUUGCUGCUUGUCUAGCCAGUCAUAGCAGCAAACAUUUUUCAUUUAUUUCGAAGAUAAUUUCUCAAGAUGUUACUGGUGUUCUUCUACCAGAGAUUGUCACUAGUUUGGUUCUACUCCAACUAAAGAACCCUGCUGUUUUACAAUCAUCAAAGGUGAUUGUUGUUCUUGAUGGAAUUCUUGACAUCUUGGACAAGUUCAACAGAUUGGCACCUGGUCUGGAAUGGGAUGACAAAGAUGAUCUUUUGUGGCCAGGAUUUUGUCAACAUUCUCUGGAGAAAUUUUCACCAAAGACAUCCUGUGAUAUUCCUGUGAUUCGUAAGGCUGAUCUAGAGAAUCAUAACAAAGAUGAUGGUCUGUGGAUUGUUCACAACAAGAAAGUUUAUGAUUUACUUGGCUACAAAGCGCAGAUACUACCAGAGAAAGAUGUACUUGUUGAUAUCUCAGUGCGUGAUCCUGCAUCUGUAUUCUUAUCAGGUAUUCAAGCAGAUGUCACUGAUAAGUUGCAGCCUUUUCUAGUGGGAAAUUAUGUUGAUCCUGAAGAAGAUAUUAUUCAGACAGCAGAUACAAGUACAGCUUCAUCACCUCUCAUAGACACUGAAAGAACACUAGGUCUUUUGCUUGGACUUCAUGCUGGAUACCAAGCCCACAGCACUAAUCUUUCAGCUGAGGAAGAAGAAUUUUCUCAUUGGCUUCAAUCCGAAUUCUUUGCAGGAGGAUUACAAAUUUUGCAGCCACAAAAUCCAUUUGAAGAAGAGAAAGGAGAGAGCAAAACUUCAAGUUCAUGUACAACUACACCUGGCACUACUCCAUCCUCUGAAGAGAACAGUCCAUUUCAGCAAGAUAAAGAGAGGCUUUUCGAUCGCCAAGCCUCUCAGGCCGAUGCCGCCCGUCCAUUCUUGCAAGCUCUCGCUGAAGGUAAACUUCAAGACCCUUCCGUUAAGGCCAUCCUGUCUCUUAUAGAAAGAUAUUCAAAACAGCAGCACAACAAUAUACGAAUUGAAUUUCCUCCUGAUCAUCCUGUAGAAGAAGUCAGCCGUUUGUUCCUGUCUGUACUUCUGAAGCACCAUGAUCUUGGCCAUGUUGCUCUGAAUCUCAUUGAUCAUGUGAAUGAAGAUUCCUGUGCCAAGAUAGUCUUGCCACGUGCAAUGGUAGAAUUGGUGAAAAUUGUUGGGCAAGCAAGAUGGUCCUUGAUCAAAGCACAUCAAGACCAAGGACAGUCUUAUAAAGAAGUUUGCGCUCCUGUGAUAGAAAGAUGCCAUUUUCUUUUUAAUGAACUUCGACCAGCAAUUGAUAAUGAAAUUAGUGUUCUAUCUCGCUCAAAGAUUCUGAAGACUAUGCCAAGAUGGAAGAACAUUAUACAAAAAAUGAUGGAUUCAAAGAAGAAAUUAAAAAAAGUACCUGACUUCAAAGAGGAUAAAGAUAUAGAAAAAUUACAGCAACAGCUUACUGGAGUUGCUCUGAGUGAUAGCAGUCAUGACAGGACUGAUGAAGAUCCUGAUGAUGAAAAUGAAGUGAAGGUGUUUGGGAAAGAUCAAGCAAAGGUUGGGGAACUCACUGAAACACUGUUCACAUCAGUAGAAAGUGAAAUAGAGAGAGUUUGUCGACAAACUGUUAUGCAUAGAUAUGAUGUCCACAGGCAAAACAAUGACUUUGAUGGUGGGAAGCUAAAACAAACAUCGGAAAAAAAGAUGGAAUUCAUUGAAGGAGAUUUUCUACAGUCAGAUGCUUUUCCUGUCACUAACCCUCACCUGUUUCCAAGCAAGCCUGAUAAUUGGAGUCAUGUUGUCAAUGCUGUGUUAAGUAAUGAUAAAUUUCGAUGGUUGAAACAGAGGCUUACUGGUUCAAAACCAGAGUAUGCACUUAUGAAUAAAAUAUUUGAAUUCAUUAUGUGGGAACAUCCAAUUGACAUUGAGAAACUUCGCUGCUCCCUGCAUCAUCAAGUUGAAAGAGCUAAACUGAGAUUAAAAGGUAUCCAAAACAUGCUUAUCUUGACUCAUAAAGAGCAUCUGAUACCUUCAAUAAAGUAUUCUAUAUUAUGUGGUUGGCUUGGCCUUCUUUCUCUCAGAAACAAAGUCUGCGAACCCGUUCCACACUGCCUGGCUAAUAUUAAUCUAAUACCUCCUUGUGAUAAAAUUCUUCUUGAAAUGACAUUCUCUGACCUAUACAAAUGGGCUGUAAAAGAACUCCGCAACAUUCUUCUGCAAGUGGAAGCUACUUUAAAAGCAAGAAAUCUUAAUUCUUCUCGAAGUAUUCAAGAUAAUUCCAAAGAGUGCUUGAGUAUUGGCUGUCUUCCUCAGUCCCGUUUCUUGUUAGCAUGUAUAGGUAUACUAAUGUCGCAACACCAGCCUAACAGCCUUAGUAUGCUUCUCAACUCUGGCUUGUUGGGACUCAGCCAGUCUAUCCUCAGAUUAACUGGUCGUGACCCCAAUGGACCAAUUCCUGAUAAUAGCAGUGUGAUGUGCGCUGUUUUGGAAGAACAUAAAGCUAAGAAACAAACACCACCUGUCCCUAUUUCUGGUCCAGAACUUGCUGCAAUGAUGAAAACUGGAACAAGGGUCGUGCGAGGAGCAGAUUGGAAGUGGGGGGAGCAGGAUGGACCCCAUCCUAGUGUAGGUCGAGUAAUCUGUGAAUUGGGAGAAGAUGGCUGGAUACGUGUCCAAUGGGAUACAGGCAGCACAAAUAGCUAUAGGAUGGGCAAAGAAGGCAUGUAUGACCUCAAAUUAGCGCAGCCACCUCAGAUGCCUGACAACGACGAAGAUGACGAAGAGGAGGUUGAUACAGGUGAACCUUCUCAGCAGAAAAGUAGACAUCCAACAGCUUUCAUUCGGCAAGGAACAAUCUCUUUACUGCGAGUGCUCUGUCUUUGUGCCAGCAUAAAUGCCGAAAACAUGCAGAAAGAAUCGAUAAGCAAUCUUUGUGGAUUGAUCUGCACAAUUGUUCAUCAGACAGUGCAUAAUACACCUGGUAAUAAUGCAACAUUAAAGCGUGUUUGUGAAGAACAACAUUUUAGUUGGUGUACUCUUGGAUUCAUCAGAAGUAUUGCAUCAAGCCCAACAAUCUGUCAAGCUCUCAGUACUCCAAGAUGGAUUGUCUUAUUGUUCAAAUUGCUUUCUUCAGACCAAAGUUCUGAUGUGCCAAAAAAUGUCGUACGACAGAUUCUAGCUCUUAGAUUGUUGAAGGGUGUUCUACCUUCAUGGGACAGCUCACUUGAAGCAAGCAGGAUGAAAGACAUUGUAGAAAAAAUGUUCUCUCUUCUCGGAAAUGUUCUUUUGUCUUGCUCAUCUGAUCCAACUUUACUUCCUCCAAGUGAUACUCUUAGGAAAGGCCAUCGUGGGCGACCACCUGUGACGAUCACUGCUUCAUAUUCCAGUACUGUAGCUGAUGAAAUUGUGUCAACAAUUAGGAAACUUCAUCUGUUAGAUGGCUGGAAUGCACACAUCAACUCUUAUAUUAUCUCCAAGUUAGGAAUGAUUGAAGAUAUGGUCUGUGAUAAGAGUAAAUCCUCCAUGGAUGAUCUCAACAUUGAUCUUCAAGAAACACAUGCAGCAAUAAUGGCUGUUCUUGCAGUUAUUGGUGGAAUUGGUUUGCUGCCACGCCUAGGAGGUCUUGUUAUGCAUUAUGAACUAAGACUUGGAACAAUUGCUAAUAUCCGUCCUUCUGGCAAAAUUCAAGUCCAGUUUCCAGAAGUGGGACUCAAGAUGUGUCGAAUGACUGAUCUCGUUCCUGUUCCUCACCUAGAAUUUGUUGUGGAUAAGUUACCAAUGACAGAGAAUGUUAUCAAUACUUGGGUCAAAUUGGUUAGUUUAGCUGGGACAGGAUUUAAAGUUGAAAAAGAGAGAGAGAGGACAUCACUAUUCAGUAGUGUUAAUAGUGUAGAAUCAACUGGAACCAAUACGGACAAGAAGAACUUUGGAUGUGGUUUAAAUACAAAACUUCUACACAAACAACAAAUUCGACUGGGUUUGCUAAAAGCAGCAAGAGUACUGUUUAGUCGACAGGAUAACUUACACAAAGUUUUAUCUCAACCAGCUGUUCUUGACUUGGGUUUUGCAUCUUCACUGGAAACAGGUGUUGGAUUCAGUAGCAGUACUGAAGAAGAUCUGAACACUUUGCAGCAGGAACCAGCCACAAACAUAUCUUUAUUACAACAUCUGAUGGUUGCUGCAACACAACCAUCUCCACUCAAAGCAAUAUUUUCUAGAGAAGAAAUGGAGGCUGCAGCAAUGGCUGUUUGUCAGUACUUAACAGCUGUAUCUGGACAGCCACAAGAUGUCUUUGACUCCAGUUCUGACAGCGAAGAUAUUGUGCCUUACCUAGUCAAUUCUGCAUCAGUGUCUCAGGUAUCUCCUAACCGUACCCCUAAGUCCAAAAGAGUACGACAAAGUUCACUGCAGCAGCCUUUGCCUCCUGUGGUGUUCCAGUUGCAAGAAAUGGGUUUCCCCCGAAAGAAUGUAGAACAUGCCAUUAAAGCUCUUGAGGAAGUGGGUUCUAAAUAUGACAAUGAUGGAGGUGGUUCCUUACUUGCUGGGUGUGACACCCCAAGUGCAGAGUCAUUGGUUGGAUGGUUACUGGAGCACAAAGACCUUAAAAUACAAAGUGAUUCUGAUUCUGACAUGUCAGUUUGUUCUAUAGAUAUAGAUUCCGAUGAGACUGGAUCUAUGUCUGACAUUUUUGAUGAUUUAGAUGAUGAUGACAUAGAAUUGGAAGAGCAAGAAAUAACGACAACAACUUACAAAAAACCCUCAGAUUUUGCCAACAUUGAUGAAUAUGCCAUGUACGUUCAAAUAAAUAUUGUUCCUGGAAUGACAGUGCGAUGUUGUUGUACAUAUGAAGAAGUGAUGGAAGGAGAUAUUGGCAAAGUUAUUAAGCUUGACCAUGAUGGACUUCACCACCUGAAUGUCCAAGCGUACUGGCAGAGAAAAGGAGGUACUUACUGGAUGCGAUACAUACAUAUUGAAUUAUUAGGCUUUACUGAUGUUCCUUCUUCUUGUCAAACAAUAAAGGUUGGUGACAGAGUUCGUGUAAAGCCUUCUGUUUCCUUACCCAUGUACAAAUGGGGUUCUGUGACCCACAGAAGUGUGGGUGUUGUCACAGCUAUUCAUGCAAAUGGUCGUGAUAUUAGCAUUGACUAUCCUCAGCAGGCUCAUUGGACUGGUGUUAUUGAGGAAAUGGAAUUGGUACCUAGUACACAUCCUGGUAUUUUGUGUAAUGGUUGUCAGAUGAACCCUAUCACUGGAUCACGAUUUGAAUGCAGAGUUUGUAAAAAGUUUGAUUUUUGUGAAAACUGCUUCAAGACAAAACGAAACCAUAAGCAUCCAUUUAAUGGAAUUCCAGAACCAGGUUGUGAACCAAUUGAUGUUGGAAAACCUGGAAAGCAGAAACAAGUGAGUUCUGUUGGGAAUGGUUCACUUAUUGACAACUGGCAUAUGUGUGUGAAAAACCUGACUGUUUCUUCAAGAGAGAACCAGGCAUCACGAUUGAUUGAUGAAGGAAAUGGUUAUUGGCAAAGUGCUGGAUCACAAGGAAAACACUGGAUUUGCCUGGAAAUGUAUCAAGAUAUCCUUGUAAGUCGUCUACAGAUGAAGGUUGAACCAACAGAUUCCAGUUAUAUGCCGUCACUUGUGGUUGUCAGUGGCGGUGAUUCCGUACACACCUUGAAAGAACUUAGAACCAUUAAUAUCAGUGUGUCUUUCACUUGGGUUACACUGCUUGAAGAUAUGACAGUGUAUUAUAGAUUCAUAGAAAUUGCUAUCAAGCAGUGCCGAAGUAGUGGAAUUGAUUGCAAAGUUCAUGGCCUAACGAUUGUGGGACGAAGGAAAAUUGACGAAGAUGACAGUGCUGCUAACUUUGCUUUCUUAGCAUCGGACGAUGAAGAUGAACAAAGUAGCUCUCUGCAAGGAUGUCGGAAAAAGACAAGGUCAUCAAGUUUUAGUGAGAUUCAAACACAUGUAUGUGUUUGGGGUUUGAACGACAAAGAUCAGCUAGGAGGCCCGAAAGGGUCAAAGAUCAAAUUGCCAUAUUUGAAUGAAACUUUGUCAGCUUUAAAAUGUGUCCAGAUAGCUGGUGGAUCAAAAAGUUUAUUUUGUGUUACUCAAGAAGGAAAGGUCUAUGUGUGUGGUGAAGCUACCAAUGGGCGGCUUGGAUUGGGAGUCACAUGUGGCAGUGUUCCUACCCCAACUCUUGUAGGGGCACUCAGCCAAUAUGUCAUAAAAAAGGUUGCUGUUCAUUCAGGUGGGCGACAUGCAUUAGCUCUAACUGUUGAUGGUAAAGUAUUUUCUUGGGGUGAAGGAGAUGAUGGAAAACUUGGACAUGGAAAUAGAUCCCGCUGUAAUAGACUUCGACUUGUACUGGCUUUGAAGUCCAAACGUGUACGAGAUAUUGCUUGUGGCAGUUCCCACAGUGCCGCAAUUAUUUCCAAUGGAGAUCUUUACACCUGGGGUCUUGGAGAAUAUGGUAGACUGGGGCAUGGAGAUACAACCACUCAACUCAAACCAAAGCAGGUUAUGGCUCUUGUAGGCCAAAGGGUUAAGCAAGUUGCCUGUGGAAGUCGUGAUGCCCAGACACUUGCCUUGACUGAUGAAGGACUUGUUUAUUCUUGGGGUGAUGGAGAUUUUGGUAAAUUAGGUCGUGGAGGGAGUGAAGGCUGCAGUGUUCCACAUGUCAUUGAUCGCCUAACAAAUCUCAAUGUCUGCCAAAUUGAAUGUGGAGCUCAAUUUUCUCUAGCUCUCACAAAAUCUGGUGGAGUUUGGACAUGGGGUAAGGGAGACUACUUCCGAUUGGGUCAUGGAACAGAUACUCACAUUAGAAAACCUAAAUGUGUUGAAGGCCUGAAAGGGAAAAAGAUUGUACAUGUUGCUGUUGGGGCCUUACACUGUUUAGCUGUCACCGAUACAGGACAGGUUUAUGCAUGGGGAGAUAAUGACCAUGGACAACAAGGAAAUGGAACCACCACUGUCAAUAGAAAACCAGCUCUUGUUCAUGGACUGGAAAGUUUCAAAAUAACCAAAGUUGCAUGUGGUUCUUCCCAUAGCAUUGCAUGGGCGACCACAGAUCUUGCUGCACCAACAACUCAUGAACCUGUACUUUUUUCUGCUUCCCGAGAUCCUCUUGGUUCUACACUCUUAGGUUUAAAUGAAGGAGUCAAUGAUGAGAUAACAUCCUCAGUUAUUCCUGCAACUACUACCAAACCGAAACGACCAUCUUUGUCAAAGAUCAUUCUUUCUUUGGAAUCUGAUGCCAGUAAACAACAAGCUUUGAACCAUAUACUCACUGCUCUACAGAUCAAAUACGCCAGGGAUGCAAUAGUUGGAUCAUUAAUGAAAGAAGUUCAAGCUGUGAAUCCCAGCAGUUGCCUGGAAAAUCAACGUUCAGCUCAGUUUCACCAGUCCUCACCUGUCAUGUUAGCAUCAAUUGGUACUACAGAAGAACUGGCACCAACUGUUCACUCUACUCCUACAAUAGCAGCAUUAUCUGAACGAGAUUCCACGGCAAUGGUAGAUUCCUCUCAUUCAGAUACAUUUUGUCCUGGAGAAAUAUCAUCUUUUCCAAGUAUGCACAGUUUGGCUGCAAAAGUUUCCCCUGCAACUAGCAUAAUUGCUGAGACAUUUACCUCACCUGAUCAAGUAACGAGUACUUUGGAAAUCAUAAAGCCAGCUUAUCCCGAAGGCCUCGAUGAGUUCACCAGCAAACUGACUGCUGACGAUGCAAGAGUUCUUGUUGAUCUUCUUAAACUUGCUGUUGCAAAUCGAGCUGGUGAGAAAGGGAAGGAUACACUAGCUGGUAUCUUAAAAGCCGUUGACAAGGCGUAUCCUCAGGUUGCAGAGAUGUUGCUGGAACUGUGUGUCACAGAACUGGAAGAUGUGGCUGCUGAUACUGAAUCUGGACGUACUUUACCACAACCUGUUGUACAAGAGAGUCCUCAUCAUUAUUCAGAUGACCUAUCACUAUCAGGCCAUGUGAAAAUACCUGGCGCUGAAUGUUUACGAGUUGAGUUUGAUCGCUUGUGUUCAACAGAACGACGACAUGAUCCAUUGACCAUUAUGGAUGGAUCUGGAAGAACUGUUUCUGUACGAUCAGGCAGGGAAUGGUCUGAUUGGUCAACAGAACUGAGAAUUCCUGGAGACGAACUACGGUGGAAGUUUACUAGUGAUGGUUCUGUUAAUGGUUGGGGUUGGAGAUUUACUGUUUACCCAAUCAUGCCAACUGCAGCACCUAUGGAUAUGUUAACUGACAGAACUGUUCUUUCCCAGCCUUCUAUAGAUUUGGUUAUUUGUCUUCUUGAUUUGGAACUGGAUGCUAGUUCUGACUGCAGCAUUGUACCUAGACUAGCUGCUGCUCUGGCAGCAUGUGCUCAACUGAGCUCUUUAGGUGCACAGCAGAGAAUGUGGGCUCUGCAAAAGCUUCGAAAGAUCAUGGCAGUCAAUUAUGGGGUUAAUUUGAAUGUGAACACUCUAAUUUCCAGUCCUACAACUGAUUCACCUGAUCAAGAAACCUCUAGAACCCCAACAAUGUCCCUCAGUGGAACAGCUCUUGCUUCACUUGUAAAAGGGUUACCUGAAGCUUUACAACGGCAGUAUGAAUAUGAAGAUCCUAUAGUACGCAGUGGUAAACAUCUUAUGCAUAGUCCAUUCUUCAAGGUUUUGGUGGCUUUGGCUUGUGAUCUUGGUCUGGAUUCUCUUCAGUGUUGUGUUGAAGCACACAAAUGGGCAUGGUUUCGCCGCUAUUGUGCGGCAGCAAGAGUUUCGACUGCAAUCGUGAACAGAAGUGUUUUGCCGCCUUCAUUUACUGAGGAUGUAAUGAAGAAAAUUGAAGACAUCUCUGCUGAAGGUGAAGUUGUGACCAGAGACCAUGAAAAUCACGAGAUUUUUAAACAAGAACAUGAUGAACAGCUGCUGCUUUGGUUGAAUAGACGACCAGAUGAUUGGACACUGUCAUGGGGUGGUAGUGGACAAAUUUUGGGGUGGGGCCAUAAUCACCGAGGCCAGCUAGGAGGUGUGGAUGGUCCCAAGGUGAAGUUACCUGUCAGUUGUGAAACACUUGCAACUUUGCGACCGGUACAGCUCAUUGGAGGAGAACAAACAUUAUUUGCUGUUACUGCUAAUGGAAAGGUUUAUGGUACUGGAUAUGGUGCCGGCGGUCGCUUGGGUACUGGUGGUACAGAGUCAGUCGCUACACCAACUCUUCUAGAGUACAUUCAACAUGCAUUUAUCAAGAAACUUGCUGUGAAUUCUGGUGGGAAACAUUGCUUGGCAUUAUCUGCUGAAGGAGAAGUAUUUACAUGGGGAGAAGGGGAAGAUGGAAAAUUGGGUCAUGGAAUCAAAAUUCCUUGUGAUCGUCCAAGAAUGGUAGAAGCUCUCCGUGGAAAAGAAGUUAUUGAUAUAGCAGCAGGAGGGGCCCACAGUGCUUGCAUCACAGCUAGCGGAGAACUGUAUACCUGGGGCAAGGGCAGAUAUGGCAGAUUAGGGCAUGGCGAUAGUGAUGAUCAGACCAAACCAAAGCUGGUUGAAGUAUUAAAAGACUAUCGUGUGAUAGAUGUUGCAUGUGGCAGUGGUGAUGCACAAACAUUGUGUAUUACUGAUGAUGAUAGUGUUUGGUCUUGGGGAGACGGAGACUAUGGUAAACUUGGUCGAGGAGGGAGUGAUGGCUGCAAGGUACCUAUAAAAAUUGAAUCUUUACAGAGCCUCGGGGUCAUAAAAGUUGAAUGUGGCUCCCAAUUUUCUGUUGCAUUAACACAAUCUGGUGCUGUAUACACAUGGGGUAAAGGUGAUUAUCACAGACUUGGACAUGGAACUGAUGAUCAUGUACGGAAACCUAGACGUGUAUCAGCUUUACAAGGCAAGAAAGUGAUUGAUAUUGCUUGCGGAUCACUGCAUUGUGUUGCCUGCACCGAUACUGGUGAGGUCUAUACAUGGGGUGAUAAUGAUGAAGGUCAGUUAGGAGAUGGCACCACAAAUGCUAUCCAAAGACCCAGGCUUGUCACAGCACUUCAGGGUACAAAAAUAAACAGAGUUGCAUGUGGGUCUGCACAUAGUUUAGCUUGGUCUACCAACAAACCAAUCAGUGCUGGGAAGUUGCCUUCAGUCAUACCAUUAGAAUAUAAUCACCUCCAGUCCAUUGAAAUCCCUGUUCUUCGAAACAGACUUGUAUUGCUUCAUCACUUCUCAGAUCUAUUUUGUCCGUCGAUACCAAUGUUUGAUCUCCAGGAAGGUGGAUCCGAAUGCAGUAGAGGAGAGGUUCUAACUAAUCUAAACGCUCUUCGUGGAGUUUUAGUUUCUGCUUCAAAGGAAGCUUCUUUCCGGAAAGUUGUGCAAGCGACAGCAGUCAGAGAUCGACAACAUGGACCAGUUGUAGAACUAAACAGAAUUCAAGUAAAAAGAUCUCGAAGUCGUGGUGGGCUUGCUGGGCCUGAUGGUACUAAAUCAGUAUUUGGACAGAUGGCUGCAAAGAUGAGUGUUUUUGGUCCUGAUAGCUUAAUGCUACCACACCGAGUAUGGAAAGUUAAAUUUGUUGGUGAAAGUGUCGACGAUUGUGGAGGAGGAUAUAGUGAGUCAAUUGCUGAAAUGUGUGAUGAACUUCAAAAUGGCUCACUUUCAUUACUCAUUGUAACACCAAAUGGCCGAGAUGAGUCUGGAGCAAAUCGUGACUGCUUUUUAUUAAAUCCAAUGUUGAAAUCGCCACUUCAUCAAAACAUGUUUAGAUAUUUAGGAAUGCUGAUGGGUAUUGCAAUUCGAACUGGAAGUCCACUUAGCCUUAAUAUAGCGGAACCUGUUUGGAAACAACUUGCAGGGAUGCCUCUGACAAUAAGUGAUUUGACUGAGGUUGAUAAAGAUUUUGUUCCUGGAUUAAUGUGUAUCAAGGAAAUGCUCAAUGCAGAUCUAAGAAAUGCUGACAUGCCAUUUAGCGUCCCCAGUGCUUCUGGUCAGGAAAUGCAAUUAUCUAUGAAAUAUCGUAUCACUCCCGAAAACAGAUCAGAGUACAUUAAAUCAGCAAUGAACUAUCGGUUGCAUGAGUUUGAUGACCAAAUAAGAUGGGUGCGAGAAGGCAUGGCCAAAGUUAUACCAGUACCAUUAUUGUCACUUUUCACUGGAUUUGAGCUAGAAACUAUGGUGUGUGGCAGUCCUGAUAUACCGUUGACUCUGCUGAAAUCAGUGGCCACAUAUAAAGGUAUAGAUGCUACUGCACCUCUAAUACAGUGGUUCUGGGCAGUAAUGGAAGAAUUUACUAACACUGAGAGGUCCUUGUUUUUGCGAUUUGUUUGGGGCCGAACGCGAUUACCACGAACUAUUGCUGAUUUCAGAGGAAGAGACUUUGUUUUACAGGUCUUAGACAAGUACAACCCACCUGACCAUUUUCUCCCAGAAAGCUACACCUGUUUUUUCCUCUUAAAAAUGCCAAGAUAUUCGUCUCAAGAAAUAUUAAAGGAAAAGUUAAAAUAUGCCAUCCAUUUCUGCAAAUCUAUUGACACCGAUGAUUACGCCAGAGUUGCCCUCACUGGAGAUCUCAUGGAUGAUGACAGCCAUGAUGCUAGUGAAGAAAGUGAUGACCUGGAUAGUAUUGAAUCAGGAGAAUUUGUGGAUUCUGACUGAAGGUUCUUCCCCCACCCACAACAACCACCACCACCACCACCACGACUAUCAUCUUCUGUUCCUGUCUUGUUAAAUUAAUGUCUUAAAGAGGCACAAGGCUGGAGAAAUUUUGGCAGGAGGAAACAGUCAAUUUUAUUGACUUUAACAAGAUUUGAACUGACUAGAUGUUGCCAAACAUUUUGUCACUGCUCUUAAUAUCCUGUUAAUCCACUGCCUUUGUCUAUUAAUUUACCACCUUUGUCUUGUUCAAAUAAUAAAUAGUUGUUUGACAUGAUUUUUUUUCUUUCUCUAUGAAAAUUGGAGGUUUUGAAUGUUUGGGUGAGGUUUAAACCCUGUUCUUCCUCUACCAUCAGCCUACUCCCUUAUUUACACCUGCUCUUGAAACAUUUACAUGACUAACUCUUUGACAAAACAAAACACAGUAAGAGGCAACAGACCCAUGCAUGUCUUCAUUGUUAAACCUAGCUAACAACUAAUGUACAGGUCUUUAGUUGAAGUCACAUAAAGUUGGAAUACAUGGCUGUGUAGUCAAUAUUUCCUGAUAUAAAUAAUAAGGAAUAGAACAUUGAAAAUGUGAACAAAACAUUCCCCUACCUCCCCUGCCCUUUGAUGGACAUUCUAUGUCUGCCCUUUCAUGAUUUACAAAAAAACUUAUUUAUUUUUCAGUUAUUUAAAUAAAACAUUUCAUUAUUCCCUUCCUUCCCCUUCCCAGUUCAGUUAAAAGACUUCAAUGCUUCAUGGCAGCAUGGUUAAGAUGACUAAAUAUCUUUAUAUAUCAUUCUAUUUGUUUUCAGUUAAUAAAGUUGAAUGUUAUAAAAAAAUGAUAGAUUUAAUGUGAAUAAAAAUAGACUUUAAUGUGAAAA